AUGGCUGCCUCUUCCUCCUCCUCCUCAGCUGGCGGGUGUAGUGGAAGUUCUGUGACUGGAACUGGUUUCAGGGUCUCAGACCUUGCCCCACCACGGAAAGCACUUUUCACUUACCCCAAAGGAGCCGGAGAGAUGUUAGAAGAGGGCUCUGAGAGAUUCCUCUGCGAAUCUGUGUUCAGCUAUCAAGUGGCAUUCACACUUAAACAGGGGAAACAUAGUCAGCAAGUUGCUCGGAUGGAAAAACCAGCUGGUUUGGUAGAAGAGCUGGAGGCCAACGAGUUUAAGCCUAUGGAUCAGCUGCUCGGGUCACACCCUCUUCGGGCUGAUGCGGCCUGGAUGGUCACCUUGGUGGCAAGUAUAGAGCCAAGGAGUGACUUUCUCACAGCUUACAUAGCCAUCGCUGAUUUGUUAAUUCACAUUUGUAUUGGAUUUCUCUGCAUCUGUCCACAGGCAACAAAUACUUAA